AAUAUAAAUUCCCUUUUUUCUAGGGUUUUCAGAAUCGGCAGAUUUUAUUUUAUUUUUUUCUUUAAUUAAUCAAGAAAUUUAACGAAUAAUUUUUCCGGGGUUUCGUUUUCGGAUUUGGGUUCUUCGUAUUUUCGGUUUUGCGUUUGGGUUGAAGGAAAGUUUUGAUUUUUUGAUGGUUCGGUUGAUGAAAUCAGGGAACUCCAAAUCGGAACCUGAAACGACGUCGUGUCGGGACAAGGUGCCGGUGAAAUUAGAGUUCGUUGAAGACUCGUUGGAGGAAGAACACGGCCCUCUCAAUAAGCGAUCUAAGCCUUCUUCAAAUCUUCAACAACAGCAAUGGAGUGCUUGGAAUAAUGAUAAUAACAAUGAUGCGUAUCCAAUCCCGCCAUCACAAUACAACCCACUUGAUGAGCCGAGUCCGUUGGGUUUGCGGCUGAGGAAGAGCCCGUCGUUAUUGGAUCUGAUUCAAAUGAGGCUCUCUCAAGCGCCAGAGAAUAAUCUUAAUCCUGUAGUUAAGAAGGAGAGUAAAGCUGUGGCAGCUGCUUCUUCGGGUGCUACUGACAAGCUCAAGGCGUCGAAUUUUCCUGCUUCUCUUCUUAGGAUUGGACGGUGGGAGUAUAAAUCGAGAUAUGAAGGCGAUUUGGUGGCGAAGUGUUACUUUGCGAAGCAUAAGCUUGUUUGGGAGGUGCUUGAAGGUGGUCUUAAGAGCAAGAUAGAGAUUCAGUGGUCUGAUAUUAUGGCUUUGAGGGCAAACUGUCCUGAUGACGGUCCCGGGACUUUGAAUGUUGUGCUUGCUAGACAGCCACUUUUCUUUAGGGAGACUAAUCCACAGCCUAGAAAGCACACAUUGUGGCAGGCUACAGCAGAUUUUACUGAUGGGCAGGCUAGCUUACACCGGCAACAUUUUCUGCAGUGUCCACAAGGGCUGUUAAACAAACAUUUUGAAAAGCUCAUCCAGUGUGACAUGCGUUUGAAUUAUCUAAGCCGACAGCCAGAGAUAAGUUUAGAUUCACCAUACUUUGAACCAAGGGGUUCUAUUUGUGAUGAUCCAGAUGAGUCAAAAGGUGAUCGAGUGGAGACUGGUCAAGGAUCAAGUAUUACUGGUUUGCAGAAUUUGGCAUCACCAGUUGCAGCUCACUCGUCUUCCUUUGAAAUUGAGAAAGGGGAACCUUCUGGUUUUGGAUCAGAGAAUAUGUCUCGGGAAGCUCCUUCUCCUAGCUCAGGGAGUGGAACGUGUGAAGUAAAUUCGAAGGGAACAAGGAAUUGGGACCAGAUAAAAGUGCCGGGCCUUCACCCAUCAAUGUCUAUGAGUGAUUUUAUGAACCACAUCGAAAACUGUCUUUCAGAUCAGAUAACUUUCGGAAAUCAACCUGAGGAAGGAACAGAUUGCCGUGACUUACUGGAGGACAUUGCACAGUACUUGCUUAGUGACACUCAGCAGUCAACAGCAGCUUCGGAUGAGAAAUCCCUCAUGUCAAGAGUCAAUUCUCUCUGUUGCCUUUUGCAGAAGGAACCUGGUGCAGCUCAAAACUUUCAAGCAAACGGGGAAAGUUCUGAUGCAAGACCAAAUGAUGAAAAUGGAAAGAAUGUUCAGCUACACAUCUCUCCUGAACCAUUGCAUGAUAACAAAAAUGGAGUUGAAAUGAAGGCUCCUGAAGUUGAUCCAAAAGAUUUCUCUGGCGGCAAGCCAGCAACCGGCAUGUCAAGGAAAGACUCACUUGGUGAGCUGCUACUUCAUCUCCCUCGAAUCACCUCCCUCCCAAAGUUCUUGUUCAACAUUUCAGAAGAAGAUAGUGAGACUCAAUCAAGAUAGUAAAGUUGAACAAUUUAGAAUAAUGCAAGAAUCAAAGCUCUAGAAAGCCAAAAAGCAAAGUAUCAUGCUUUCUGCUCAUGUGAAUUGAAGAUCUACUUGUGGUGGUUGAAUACGCAUCUCGGUAUUCUGAAGAAAUGGUCUUAUAGGGAUAAUGUGCUGGGAUUCAGAAAUUUGUAUUGAUGAAGAAUCCUGAUAGAAUGUCCCUUGUACAAGUAAUAGAUGUUAACUUAUUAUUAAUUUGUACGUAAAUUACUGUUGAUUCUAGCAAGGUUCCUGUUUAAUAAAGUAGGUAUUGUGCUUUGUUCAGCCACUUAUUGUAUUUUUCCCAAUGUUCUAGCUUUCGCGGGUAAGCUAAUGCAAAUUCUAGUGGCCAGCCACAUAUUGUUUUAAUACAUUCAACGAUAGUUAUUUUAAGGGUUUGAUUUA